AUGACCAUGGAAUUAGACGCAGAACGGGGUCCUCAGGUCCGCAUACCUGAAGGCAAGGAGCCUCCAGCGUUCUGCCGUCUUUUCGAUGGCCGAAUGGUAAUCUACUCAGGUAAACGGAAUGCUGACUGGGACAUCUCUGCAGACACGAAGCCACGUAUUCGUCUUUUCCUGGUUCGUGGUGAAGUACCUGCUGAGGAUUACCUGUUAGAAGUUCCACCUCAGCUUUCCUCGCUCCGUUCCCAAGGCGUAUUUCUGGCCUUGCAAUACGCUCCUUUCGAACGCUCAGUACACAAGGCUUGGUUGUGGUGUGGUCAAUGCGCUGCACAACCUACCGUGGACACUGGACGUCAUAUAGUAAACCAGUUGCGUGAAAGAUGUCCACCGGAGUUGGCUACCGCCAUUCCGAAUGUAUUUGAAGUGCGUCAAACCGAGGAAAAGCUAGGACCCGGUGAACUGGUCUUCCUCCUGAAUACCGAAGAUACUCCUUCCUCUUUGAUAUGUGCUAACCUGGAACGAGCUCAGGGACCACUUGUGAUUUGGCACUUGACUGCACCCGCCUUGCAACAGCUAACCAUACGACGGUUAAGUUACACUCUUCAGCCCAAUGCGACAUUGCCCGUCAAGCUACCCGAAUUCCAAAGCGCGCAACCGGUCACUGAUGUCAGUCCGAUUGAAAUGGCGAAAAUGGUUGCCGAGCGUUUACGAGCCUCGAGUGACGUGGUUGCCCUUGGUCAACAAACAGUCAAUGCUCCAGUCAGCUUCCCGUUCCUGCUGAAGGAUUUAUACGCCGCCCGGCAGCCAGCUCUGUUUCUGGUGCUGUCCGGUACGAAGCAUGUCUUCAUUUGGCAAGGUUGGUGGAGUCCCAACACUCGACUCAAAUCGCAAACUCCUAGCCCCUCUGUCGGAUAA